AUUUUCACCGCCUGUUCCGUGGCUGACCUGAAAGCAAAACAAAAGCGUUUUCUGCAAAAAUGUUUUGUGAAUUCUUCAAAAGAUAGAAGAAAUCAGUUCACACCGGCUCUGUUUUUCUUCUCAAGCUUUCGCUCAUGCUCAUGGCGGACUCAUUCAGUACCAAAACCGCACAAGAUGAUGACAAUGAGGAUGAAGACUACAUGGGAGAUCUCUCUCAGUUCAUUCCACCUGAAACCGCUCAACCCCCAAAAGCUCAAUUCAAGAAGAUGUCGAACAACAAAGUCGUAGUUUCUCAAUCACCAUGGAAGCAAUCGAAAGCCCUAAAUUGGCAAGAACAGAGGAGAGUCUCAAGAGAGCGGCAGCGACGAGAAGAGGACUUGCGGACCCUAGCGAAUACGGAGGCUCCGAUUCCACAAUCGAACAUCGGGUUCAAAAUGUUGAAACAAAUGGGCUACACCCCGGGUUCGGCACUGGGGAAGGAGGGCUCGGGCCGAGCAGAGCCAGUGGGGCUCGAGAUAAGACGAACGCGAGCAGGGAUUGGAAGAGAGGAUCCCAUUAAGGAGAAGAUGAGGAGAGAAGAGGCUUGGACUGAGAAGAAGAGGAAGAACGAGGCUGCUUUAAUGGCGGAGUUCGGGUGUAGGCAGAAGUCGCAAUGGCAGAGUCGGAGAGUUGUAGUGAAUUUCAAGAAGGCGAAAGGUGCUCUUGAUCAGUUGGAGAAUAAGGAAAUUGUGGAGCCCAAGAAGAAGGAAGAUGAGGACAGUGAGGAAGGUGAAGAGGAGGAAGAAGAGGAGGAGAUUACAGAAGAGGAUUUGCAAAAUAUAUUGAUGAAACUGAGAGACGAAUUUCGAUACUGCCUCUUCUGUGGAUGUCAGUAUGAGUCGGUUGAAGCUCUACUGUCCAACUGCCCUGGACCAAAUGAAGAUGACCACUGACUGAAACAGCAUUUCCCAAUAGAGAGAAACCGGAGAUACUCAUUUAUGCAACAACACGACUCCAAGGAGUGUAGCUCAGUGAGAUGGAUGUUCACUUAAGAUGGAUCAUUUUUAGGCAAACAGACGCUCUUUGCUAAGGAGACAGAGAAUUGAAAACUGGAGGGGCUGAGGUGAUGUCAGAAACCAAUCUGGUCAUAUCUUGUUCUUAGAGAGAAAAAAAAAACACACACACAUCAGAUUAACAAUUGGAAGAAUGCUUCCUUUAUUCAAUGAAGAUUGCAUCUCCUUGGAGCUCGAACCCAUGAUCAUGGGUUUUUUAUUUUUUAUUUUAUCUCAAUCCUCUGUAACUUCCAUAGAGCUCAGGAGCUCCUGUAACUUCUGUUGUGAAAUAAGGAAUUCAUUCAAGUCAAA